UUUUUAUUUUUGCAAAGAUCUCGCUCACAUUCGCUUUCGCAUCGCAGCAGUCUCGAAAGUCGAAACAAGAAACAACACAAAAGCAGAACAAUUUUUAUUUGUUAUCAUUUAUUUUGUUUGUAAAGAAAAGACCAAAAAUCAGAGAGUUCCCGAAACAAAAAUACGAAUCACGACACGACGAACAAGAACCAUCAAAUCAAAUCGCGAAGAGAAAAAGGGCGACAAAAAGUUAAUCAUUUCAUUGCAUUGAGUGCAAUUGAAGUUCAUCCGAACAAUUUCAAUCUCCAACAAAAAGAAAACCCUCCUCUAAUCCGUCAAUCAUCGUCCGUCGUUGUCACAAAAGCCGCAGCCACAAUCCAAAAAAGAAAAUAAUUUAAUGAGAUAAAUCAAAGGUAAAAGCAAAAGGAGCCACACAAAAAUCAAGACCAGAGCCAGCGGCAGCGCCAGAGCUAGAGCUAGAGCCUGAACCAGACCAACAAAAAAUGAAUCUAAUCGACACAAACCCUUACGGCAAUGGCCUCCUGUAUGCCGGAUUUAAUCAAGAUCAAGGGUGCUUUGCCUGUGCCACGGAUACAGGUUUUCGCGUCUAUAACUGCGACCCGCUUAAGGAAAAGGAGCGCCAGUACUUCUCGGAGGGUGGACUGAGCCAUGUGGAGAUGCUGUUUCGUUGUAACUAUCUUGCCCUGGUUGGAGGGGGCAUCCGUCCAUUGUAUCCCCCCAACAAAGUGAUCGUCUGGGAUGACUUGAAGAAAGCGCCAGCCAUUUCACUUGACUUCAAUCAGCCCGUGAAGGCGGUCCGCUUGCGUCGUGACAGAAUUGUCGUGGUCCUCGAGGGCGUUAUCAAAGUGUACACAUUCACACAGCAGCCACAGCAGUUGCAUGUUUUCGAGACGAGCACCAAUCCGCUGGGAUUGUGCGUCCUCUGUCCACAUAGUAAUAAAAGUCUACUUGCGUUUCCCGGGAGGAGAACUGGACAUGUUCAGAUUGUUGACUUGGCCAACACAGAACGAGCUCCUCUGGAAGUUGUUGCUCAUGAGGCAUCGAUCAGUUGCAUUGCAUUGAAUUUACAGGGCACUCGCUUGGCUACCGCCAGCGAGAAGGGCACUCUCAUUCGCAUUUUCGACACUGACAAUGGCAAAAAAGUCGCAGAACUUCGACGAGGAAGUAAUCAGGCAACGAUUUAUUGCAUCAACUUUAAUCACCAAUCUACAAUGCUUGUGGUAUCUUCGGAUCACGGAACUAUACAUGUCUUUAAUUUGGAAGAUCCGAAGCCAAAAGAAUCUUCAAUUCCUAUCAUACCAAAAUAUUUCUCUAGCCAAUGGAGUUUCGUCAAAUUCUCCAUUCCCCAAGGACCGCCCUGUGUCUGUGCAUUUGGAUCCGACCCAAAUUCCGUAAUUGCGAUAUGUGCUGAUGGACAUUAUUAUAAGUUUGUUUUUAAUAACAAAGGUGAUUGCAGUCGUGAUGUUUGCACGCAGUUUUUGGAACUUACCGAUGAGCAUUCUUAAUUCAAAGAAAGAGGAGAAAGCUGAAGAGAAGAAUGUUAAGAAGAAGUAGAAAUCUAAAACGUGAUUUGUUUUAUUAAAAAAAAAUAUUAAAUAUUUUACUAUAUUAUUUACUUAGUAACAUUUAUAUUGAUCUUACUCAAAAUAUAUUAUUUUUAUGGUACUAAACAAAGGUCUGACAUUAACUAACAAAAUCGAUUUUUCUCGUUCCAAGAUUGAAGACUAUUUACGAUCAAGUUUAUCUUUUUUUGAUAUAACUCUUGCCUGAUAAGAGAUUCACAUUAACGUUAUCCCAAAACCAGUAAACAUUUAAAUCGAUUUAAUCAGACUUUUGUCUUAGUAUCACAGAUUUAAGACACUCUAAAGAAACAAACAAACAAAUAUAAAUAGAACAAAAUCCCUUAAACAACACACA